AUGGGCUUCAGAUUCACCCUUCUAUUCGUCAAGGCCUCGACCGAGGCUACACGGAACGACCCCGAUGCCCGCGUCGUGACACGUUGGUUCGCCCAACAUGGCAAGCGUCUGCGUGACAAGGACACGGACCAAUUAGCCGUUCUGUCAUGCAUGUUUCCGGAGAAACGGACAGACAGGGUAUACGGGCUACAAGACUUGUCGCUGGCGAGAGUCAUAGGCCGAUGUCUACUUCUUGGUUCGUCUCGACGGGAAGAGCUUGAGCAAUGGCGUCAGUCUGGAGGAGUUGAUUUGGGACAGUGCGUUGAGAAUGUUAUGCGCCAGGCCGAGAAUCAUAUCAUUCCGGGACAGGAGAUCACUGUGGAAGAUAUCGAUGAGGCGCUGAAUAGGAUCGCCUCCCGCUGUAGAUUCUCGGGCCCUAGUGUGCGCAGGAGACAGCGCGGUGCCGUUGAUGUUGAAGAGGCGUUGUCUCCUAUGUAUCGACGAUUGGGUAGUAGGGAUGCGAAAUGGCUGACGCGCAUGAUUCUCAAGAGCUUUGCUCCUGUUAUUCUGCCACUGCCACUGACGCUAAGGGGUCUGCACUUUCUGCUCCCUCAUCUACUUAUGUUCCAGGAUUCGUUUGAAGCGGCAUUGAGCACACUGGCUUCCCAGCCAAUGUGCAAUUUCCCACCACACCCAGACCCGGGACUGGCUAGAAGCCUAAGGCUGAUAGCCCUGCAGCACUUGACUCCACGAAUGGGGGUCAAAAUUGGGAGACCGGAGUACUAUAAAGCUCGAAGUAUCAAGCAUUGCUGCCAAAUGAUUGGGCAGCGUCGGAUCAGCAUGGAGCGAAAAUACGAUGGCGAAUACUGUCAGAUCCAUAUUGAUCUAAGCACACAUCCAAGCAUCCAGAUAUUCUCGAAAAGUGGGAAGGACUCAACAGUGGAUAGGUCUGGGAUCCAUGACGUCCUCAAGGAGGCCCUGAGGAUUGGAUCUUCUGAAUGCAAGUUCUCCAGCCGGUGUAUUCUCGAAGGCGAACUACUUGUGUGGAGUGACAAGAAUGAUAAAAUCAUGGAUUUUCACAAAUUGCGCAAGUUUAUAUCUCGGUCCGGCACUUUUAUAGGGACCGAAAACGAUUCACCACCACAACCAGACGAGCACCUGAUGAUAGUUUUCUUUGACAUUCUUCUCCUGGAUGACAAUGUAUGUCUUAGAAAGCCGCACCGGGACAGGCGAUUGCUUCUCAAAGAAGUGAUACAGAUCAUACACGGUCGUGCCGGCAUAUCGGACCAACAAGUCCUAGACUUUUCCCAUCCUGGCAGCCGAUCCAAUCUAGAAAGCAUCUUCGCAAAAGGAGUUAGCAAUAAGUGGGAAGGCUUUGUUCUCAAAGGAUGUGAAGACCCAUAUUUUACUAUAAUGUCUAGCACUAAUCACGCCCCGUCUGGACGCUGGAUCAAACUGAAGAAAGAUUAUAUACCCGGGUUGGGUGACACCGUGGACCUAGCUUUAGUCGGAGGGGCUUACGAUGCUCACGAAGCCGCUGCGUUAGACAGUGCCAACAAAGUACUAUGGACGCGCUUCUUUAUCGGGUGUCUUACGAACAAGGACGCCGUGUUGCAAUGGAACGCCGUGCCUAAGUUUCGCAUUGUGGAUACGAUCAACCGCCAUUGCAUGAGCAUACAAAACAUGCACCUCCUCAACCAGCUUGGAGAGUAUAGUGCCUGCAGUCCGGAAAGCGGGCACGGUUUUAAUAUAGAGUCCGGGCAUGGUACACUUCCCAGCAUGGACAGCGUUUUCAGGAAACCUUUUGUCGUGGAAAUGCUGGGCAGUGGGUUUGAGAAACCCUCAGGUGCAAGGUAUUUCGCAUUAAGGUUUCCCAGGAUACUCAAAGUCCACUCCGACAGGACUUUUGAAGACGCUGCUUCGUUUGGAGAGUUGCAGGUAUUGGCUGAGCGCGCUCGAUCGCUCGUCCUUGAGGACAUGGCGCAAGACGAGUCUGAGUGGUCAAAGCGCUUGAAAUUGGGAAAUGGCUCUACGCAAUAUAUAACGAAUAGAUCGCAGAGCACAAGCUCGUCGCAGUCGUCCCAUGCAGUGUCUUUUCGCGUGGGCCAACACUCCAACACAGGCAUUGCUCACCCUUCUCCCGAUAACCACAAGAGACCAUCGCAAAGCACGAGAGAAACGCACGUUCAGACAGGAAACAUCCCAAUCUAUGUCGAUGGAAAUGUCUCACCUGACACAUCAUUUGUCGAUACAGAAUCACAAGGACAUCUACUCAAGAGCAAUGUCAACCUCACCCAGAGAGACUGGAGCCGAAGAAAAGAGUCCGUGUCUGCUGGCAGUCCUGGGGCAAAGACCAAAGACCACGAAGCCGAAGUAUCCAGGGCUAUACCAAGCACACCAAAACUUACACAUGCCCCCAGCCCAUCGUCGCCAUUGAAACCAAUGCAAGAGCCCAGCCAAAGUCGGCAGACAAAAAAGCCACCCACAGCACAAACCCUUCCAAAGAAGCAGACCAAACCCAUCAAGUCACCUCUAACUACUAUCCCCAUCCUAUACACACCCCAAGACCCAACCAACAAAAUCCUCCCACCCAACAACCACCACCACUUCCCAAACCUAACAUCCAACCCAUCCGUCUUUUUCCAAAACCUCGAAUCCGCCCAAAUCCCAGCACCCCAUCCCACUCCUACCUCACCCCCAAACCAACCAUCCACCGGUAUCCUCCUCACAAACCCAUGCCCCCAAAACCCCCUAGGACCCACCCUUUUCACCCUCAUCAAAGCGCUCUCCCAUAAAGUCCGCACCGCACCCCCCGCCUACCCCCGCAGCGGCAAGAUCUUCGUCCUCGCCCCGGACUUCCUCGCUUUCAGCACCGGCCCCGCAGACGCUCGUUUUUGUCUGCGUUCUACGUGGGAGAAUAUCGGACGGGAGUUCUUCUAUGCUUGUGUUUCUUGGAGCACGGGUGCGGGGAAGAAUCAUUCGUGUUUGCUGGCUGCUGGGGGAGUAGGGAGUGAGAGCACUGAGUGUGAGGGGUCCUGCUGUGCGGGGUUGUUCAAGGUGUCUGUUGGGUUUGAUCGGCGGGCGUUGGGGUGUCUUGGAGAUGGGUGUUUUUCUUGA